AUGGGCAGUGCCUCCCUACGCAUUGAGGAAGUCGGUGUCGGUCGAGAGGCUGAGGACAACGUGCACAUCCGCCAGGCAAGUGUGCCAAUAACCAACUUGGAGCACGGCGCCGACCACAUCACGUUCGAACUGCCCUCGGAGACCCGCGGUCGCCAUCUUCAGGUGAAGCUGUCAUGGGUUCCCCCCGAGACCGAUGACAAGCAGGGGCGUCUUUUACACCCAGCAGAUGCUUCAGGUGACAAUCUGAAUGACGUGAUGGCACAGUCACCUCGGCAGCCUUUGAGAUCCGUCCUGGAUGGAAUGAGAUCGCCAAACGUCUCUGACCGCCCCUCGGACAGGCGCACUCGAGUUGAAAGCCUGAAUUCCAGCCUCUCGAGUGACCUGCGCAGUGUACCCCACCGCGAGCGCAAGCCUCAGAACUGGUACAUGGAUGUGCCCCCACCCCUCCCACCUCUUGCCCCGAUGCCGGUCGCGGCUUCGAUCCUCACGAUGCCAUCGGCAGUUCCCCUCCAGCCGGUCGUCCCGCUUAUCCCUGUUCACUACACCCACUGGGGAUUUCCGCCCACGCCACCGACGUCACCUUUCGUGCCAGUGGACAUAGCACAGGCGUACGCUUAUGCGCCUGUGCCGGGUCAGCAGUACCUCGUGCCGUCGAUGGUUGACGGGACUGGGCUCAGCCGCCGACCGAGCUUGUCUCGCGUCAAUGAGGCACAACGUGCCGAGUAUGAGAGGGAGAAGGCAGAGCGUCGCCGGCAGCGUUCCGAGCGCCGUGACAAACGAGAGCGGCGCGAGGGGAUGCAGAGCCCGUUGCGCCCUUCCGAGGCCGGUACUGUCAAGGCGAAGAGUGCCGGACAGGCCGGGGGCAAGACCGAAGGGAAGAGAGUCAGCAGUGGUAGGAGGUAG